UUAUUACAAUUUUUUUUUUUUUUUUUUUGAUUGGUUCUUUCCUCCGAUUUGAGAUUUUGCUACCUCGGAACCUCUCUCCGACAUCGUACCGUCUCGUCCAAUUAGAGCUGGUUCACCUUCUCCGACGAAGCUUACUUAUACCCUCAAUUAGGGUUUCAAGGAAGACUCCCAUCAACCCAACAAUCACGUUCAGUGAAUGGUUUCGAUUGAGUUUUAAUGGUUCUUCGGGAUCUGGGAAGGGAUAAAGUUGUCUUGCCGUCUUCCGAUUUCGACCACCAUUGUACCUAAAGCUUUGAAUAUGGCUGAAUCCAAUGGCAAGGGUUCCCACGAGACUUAUUCAGAUGACGAUGAGGAACAUGAGGACAACAGCAGGGGUUUUAACCUUGGAUUCAUCUUUGGAAAUGUUGAUAACUCGGGGGACUUGGACGCUGAUUACCUUGAUGAGGACGCCAAAGAACAUCUUUCUGCAUUGGCAGAUAAGCUGGGUUCAUCUCUACCAGAUAUAAACUUAUUGGCAAAAUCAGAACGUACAACAAGUGAUCCAGCUGAGCAAGAUUAUGAUAGAAAAGCUGAGGAUGCUGUCGAUUAUGAGGAUAUUGAUGAAGAGUAUGAUGGGCCCGAAGUUCAAAUAGUUAGCGAGGAAGAUCAUUUACUACCAAAAAAGGAGUAUUUUUCGACUGCAGUUGCCUUGGGUAAUUUAACUUCCAGAGCUUCUGUGUUUGACGAUGAAGAUUAUGAUGAGGAAGAAGAACAAGAGGAGGUGCAUCCGCCAGUUGAAAAAUCUUUUGAAACUGCUAACAGGGAACCAGUUGUCUUAAAGGAAGACAAGGCCUUGGAGUAUGAGGAUAGAAAUUUGGAAACCGAGGAUCAGAUGGAUCAGAUGGACACAGAAGAUUUCCAGGAGGAGGAGGUGGAUGAGUUAUUGGAAGGUACAUUGGAUGAGAAAGGCGCCGCCCCACUGCCUACGUUGUAUGUGGAAGAUGGUAUGGUCAUCUUACAGUUCUCCGAGAUAUUUGCUAUCCAUGAGCCACCACAGAAGCGCGACAGGAGAGAAAAAAGAUAUGUCACUUGUAGAGAAAAAUACAAAUCUAUGAAUAUUUCUGAGCUUGUCGAAGACGAUGAGGAGGUACUCCUAAAGAGCCAUGGUAGGGUUGAUACUCAUGUAAAACAAGCUGAUCUGGUUCAGCUAGAUGUUCCCUUUCCAAUUAGAGAGGGGUUACAGCUGGUACAAGCUGGCAGAAUGGGUGGUAUCCCAUCAGAAUCAAGGGAAUUUACCAAGCUAGGAAGGGAUUCAUGUAUCAUGGGUGAAAUGUUGAAGCAGGACUUAGAUGAUAAUUCAUCUCUAUGCCAGUCUCAAUUAUCGAUGGAAGUUUUUCCUCUUGACCAGCAUGAAUGGGAACAUCAGAUUCUAUGGGAGCAUUCACCUGAAAUUAGUGGUACUUCUGGUCAGGGCUGUGAAUCUGGACUUGAGCCUGAAGGUAUGCUGGUUGAUGGAACAAAUUCAGAGACUGAUCAAGAAAGCUUGAAUGUGAUGAACUCUAGAGAACAAGUUCAAGCUGACAAUAGUAUGCUUAUGCCUUUUUUUGCCAAUCUGUUGGAGUCUUUUGGCUCAAGAGGUUCCCAGUCUACAAACGAGUCCACUAACAAAAGUAGACAUCAUCCACAACUGUUACGUUUAGAAUCCCAGUGGGACGAGAAUCAUCUUAGAGCAAAUGAUGAAGCUGGAGUAGAGAAUAUAAAGCGACUUGAAAGCGAAGCUCUUGGGCGCUUUAGCAGACUUGUAUUGCGAGAGAGGGAUUUGGGGGAUGAGACAUGGUUAGAUAGUGUAAUAUGGGACUCAGAUAAAGCGUUGAGCAGAUCUAAACUAAUUUUUGAUCUUCAAGAUGAGCAAAUGGUCUUUGAAAUUGUGGAUAAUGAGGAAACCAAAAAUCUUCAACGUCAUGCUGGAGCUAUGAUUGUAUCCCGGUCUUCAAAAUCCAAGGAUGAAGACUUUCAUGAAGGCUUUGAAUCAAAUUCUGGAUGGCAAUUUAAUAUUUCUAAUGACAAGUUUUAUAUGAAUGGAAAAAGCUCUCAGCAACUGCAAGCAAAUACUAAUAAAUCCGGCAUUCAUAGUUUGAGAGUUUUUCAUUCAGCACCAGCGAUUAAAUUGCAGACAAUGAAGAGUAAAUUGAGCAAUAAAGACAUAGCAAAUUUUCACCGACCCAAAGCUUUAUGGUAUCCACAUGACAAUGAGCUAGCCAUCAAGCAACAAGGAAAGUUACCCACCCGAGGAUCCAUGAAAAUUGUAGUUAAGAGCCUGGGGGGUAAAGGAAGCAAGCUACACGUUGGCAUAGAGGAAUCUGUAUCUUCUCUAAAAGCCAAAGCUUCAAGAAAGCUAGAUUUUAAGGAAACAGAAGCAGUGAAGAUGUUCUACAUGGGGAAGGAACUUGAGGAUGAAAAGUCUCUUGCUAUACAAAAUGUGCAACCAAAUUCCUUGGUUCAUCUUGUACGUACCAAAGUACAUCUGUGGCCAUGGGCACAGAAGCUACCUGGCGAAAAUAAAUCUUUGAGACCUCCUGGGGCAUUCAAGAAGAAAUCUGACCUAUCUACUAAAGAUGGCCAUGUUUUCUUGAUGGAGUACUGCGAGGAGAGGCCGCUGAUGCUCAGUAAUGCAGGAAUGGGUGCAAAUUUGUGCACAUAUUAUCAGAAGUCAUCGCCAGAGGAUCAACGAGGCAACUUGCUGGGCAAUCAAAGUGACACUUUAGGAAAUGUGAUGAUUCUAGAACCUGGGGACAAGUCUCCUUUCCUUGGGGAGAUACACCCUGGUUGCAGUCAGUCAUCAAUUGAAACAAACAUGUAUAAAGCACCUGUUUUCCCGCAGAGAUUGCAAUCAACAGAUUACUUGUUGGUCCGGUCUCCUAAAGGAAAGCUCUCUCUAAGGCGUAUUGACAAGAUAGUUGCUGUUGGACAACAGGAACCUCGCAUGGAAGUAAUGUCUCCUGGAUCAAAGAAUCUACAGACUUAUUUGGUGAACAGAAUGUUGGUUUAUGUGUACCGAGAAUUUUCGAAGCGUGGUGAGCGUCACUCAAUUGCUGCAGAUGAGCUGUCUUUCUUAUUUUCUAACUUGACCGAUGCAAUCAUCAAGAGGAACAUGAAAACUUGUGCUGCUUUGAAGGUAUCUGAUCAAUUUCUCACUCCCGCAUAA